GAUGAGUUGGUCUACAGAACAUAAUCUAAAGAACCUGGUGUGAAAAUCAUGAAGAGUUCAAAUAUCCAACCUCUUGCACUAAUCCUUAUUUUUUUCAAUCUGUUUCACGGUUGUGUAGCAGCUUUAAACUGCUCCAGUCCAUCCCCCGAGUCCCUGUUUAAGGAGCUUGAAGACCAGUUAUUCCGUAAGAACCUCAUCCCACCUGUCGCAAACUUCUCAGAGCCGCUCAGAAUAACACUCAGCAUCACUGUGGUUGGGAUUUUAGGAGUGGAUGAAAAAGCCCAAACACUGACAACUUUUUUAUGGCAAGUUCUGGAGUGGAACAUACCAGGACUCAGCUGGGAUGAGCAGAAAUGUGGAACUGAAAGAGUCUCUGUACUUCGGGAAAAGCUUUGGGUUCCAGAUGUUCACAUCUCAGAGUUUAUGGAUGAGAACAAAUCUCCUCAAACUCCCUACGUUUACUUAAACAACACAGGUCAUGUUUAUGAUGAUAAACCCAUCAGAGUGGUCAGCUCCUGCAAGCUGGAAAUCUACAACUUUCCAUUUGAUAUCCAAUAUUGCACGUUGACGUUUGGGUCAUAUUUACACUUUGCUUCGGAAAUACAGAUGCUUCCUGGCAGGACAGGAGAAGAGACUCUAAGUGGAUCCAAAGGUGUGCUGGAAACAAACGGAGCGUGGGAACUCUCCGAAAUAAAAGUGUUUCCUUCCGAACUGGAGCUCGAUGUAGGAAGCUACUCUGAACUCAAGUUUCAGCUGGUCCUGCGCCGCAGACCAAUCCUUUACGUGGUGAACCUGCUGGUCCCCAGUUGCUUUCUCGUCACUGUGGAUCUCAUCAGCUUCCUGCUGCCUCCUCAGAGUGUGGACAGAGCCUCUUUCAAGAUGACCCUCAUCCUCGGCUACACCGUCUUCCUGCUCAUCAUGAACGACUUGCUGCCAGUCACAGGAGGCAGGACACCCCUGAUCAACGUGUUCUUCUCCAUCAGCCUGGCUCUGAUGGUGGCCAGCCUCCUGGAGACGGUCUUCAUCACCAACAUCCAGUUCAGCUCCAGCCAGUACAGUGCUGUGCCUCACUGGCUGAGCGUACUGGUGCUGCGUUAUCUCGCCAUUGUUGUUUGUUUGUCUCCAAAGAAGAGCAACAGAGUUACAGUCUGCCUCAACCCGUCUUACAAAGAUCCAACAGCAAACACAAACUCCGUCACCAUCUCAGGAAACCAGGACAUCUCAAAGGAACCACAACCAGUGAAAGCGUCCACCUCUCCUGCAGCUCCCCCAGAGCCGGCUCUGGAGGAGCUGAAGAAGCUAACCAGACAUCUCUCAGCCAUCCGUCUCCAGGUGGACAAACACUUCCAGGGGUCCAGAACCGCAGAAGAAUGGCAAAUGAUUGGAAUAGUAAUCGACCGUCUGCUGUUUUACUUGUACAUAGUCUUCAUCAUUGCGAGCUUCAUCACCAUUACAGGUAUCUGGAUCUGGAAUAAUACAUAUGCCCCAUAAGUUACAUCUGAAGGGAUAAAAAUACCAAGAGUUUAAUGUUUUUAUUUCUAUCAAAUCUGCUCAUUUCCAUAAAACCAAAUGAAACAGAGGUUACCUUUAUUUAAACUCAGUUACAUACAGUUAAGCUUCUCUUCAGGGAGAUUCUAUGUAGAGUGGUGAAAAAUUUUACAUUUUUUUAAUGAUUUUAUUCAUAGCAUUAAAAGGAUUAUAAUACUUUAUCUGAAGUAAUAAAAAAUUGAUUUUAUUUUUGUUCAUUUUUCUGAUUUUUUUUUUUUUUGCACCAAUGUACAUUUUGUUUGUAAGUCAUUAAAAGUAAUAGAUUACAAGAUUAGAAAA